AUGAACCACCCUUCCUAUCCCUCCACGAUAUGGAACCUCGAGGCCGAUCGCAAGGGGAAAUGCCUCGUCGCCAAAGACCGCGACGGGCCCUUCAACAUCGCAUGGGAGAUCCACGGCCACGGCCCCUCCAAGAUCAUCUUCAUAAUGGGCCUCGCCGGCGUCAAAACCUCAUGGCAGCGCCAGACGAAAUUCUUCGGCCACGACAACGCCUCCCGCUACUCCGUCCUCGUCCUCGACAACCGCGGCAUGGGCGAGUCCGACGUCCCCUACGGCCGCUACACCACCAGCGCCAUGGCCCUCGACGCCCUCGACGUCCUCACCCACGUCGGCUGGGCGGACCCCGCGGCGCCGCGGAGCGUCCACCUCUUCGGCAUCUCCAUGGGCGGCAUGAUCUCCCAGGAGCUCGCCUUCGCCGCCCCGGACGUCUUCGCCAGCGUCACCUUCCUCUGCACCGCCCCCUGGAUCGAGAACACCAAGCCCUUCGUCCAGAACCUGCGCGACCGCGCCGCCAUGCUGGUCCCCAAGGGCAUGGACCGGAGCAUCCAGGACACGGCGCUCAAGCUGUUCCCGGCCGACUGGCUGAUCGCGCCGGACGAGGCGGCGGAGCUGCCGGACGACGACACGCCCAAGUGCGGUCCCGCGGACGGGGGCAGGGGGUACGGCAGGUUCGAGAAUAAUUACCAGCGCUUCCAGGCACAGGAGCUCGUGAAGAGGACCACGCCUGGGCUGUUUAGCAUUCGCGGGUUCUUGUUGCAGCUUGUUAGUGCUGGGUGGCAUCACAAGUCGCCUGAACAGUUGAAGCAGCUCGGUGACGCUGUGGGGAGGGAGAGGAUUGCUGUGAUCCACGGCGAGGCGGACGUCAUGAUUGAUGUGCAUCACGGUCGGCUGCUAGCUAAGCAUCUGGAGCCUUCCGUCGUCGAGUUUAUCGAAGGGAUGGGCCACGCGCCUAUCAUGGACAGGGUGCCGUGGAUGAACAAGUGGUAUGUGGACCGCAUCGAUGCAGUAGAGAAGCAGUUCCCCUCCAAGUGA